AUGGCUUGGAUCACAAUCUCUUUUAACGACCGGUUCGGGAGGCAGAUGGAGGAUUCCGCUACGGUGGCUCGUGCGACAGAUGGUGGUAACGGUUCUGUGGUAACCAGCUCACCAUACGAAGGAGCCAAUGUUACAACUAUCACAUUGCCUGCCGGUACCGUGUCUUGCCAAAGGGAGCUCCGCACAGCGCUGCAGAAGUGGGCGAAAGAAGCAGCGAAAAGAGACUUCGCGAGCAGCAGCAGUAACCACAACGACGACGGUGGCGAAGCUCUCAAAGGCAAGGAUAAUCUCGACUGGAAGUUCAACCAAUCACGCUCGGCAGAAAUCCAACUGGAUGCAGUGCAAGCACGUGGCGACCUGGGCCACGUGUGCUCCCCUGAUUGGCUGAAUGGUGUCAUGGCUCGUUUACCUACCAGCAAGUACAUGAUCUCGUCGCUGAAGCGCAAUAGAAUCACAAGGGGGAGCCUCUUAGCGGGGAUAAGAUCCUCAUGUGAUGAAAUCAGAGCGGUGGAGAGGGGUUUGAUUGAUGGCAUCGCGUCAACAAACAGGACUGGUCAGAACGUCCGUGGCAGCAGCAGCAGCAGCAGCAGCAGCAGCGUCGGCGGCAGCAGCAACAGCAGCAGUGGUAGUGGUGACACUAGUGGUGCUGACACUAGUGGUGGUGACAACCACGGAGCAGCAGAAUGGCCUGAAGCAUGCUGGCCCAUCCCUGGCGUGCCGUUCAACAUAUACUCGCCCUUCUCCCAGCGUCGCUACCUGGUGCUGGCGGCAGCAACAGAGCAGCUGAGCAACGCGCGGGUUCACCUGGUGGAGGCAGCAAGAUUGGCCAAGAGAACGGGGCGGAUCCUGGUGCUGCCUAAGGGGGCAAACAGCCGCAUCUCCCUCGGCCGACCCCUCCCCAUCUGCUCCUACUGGGACAUUUCCCGCUUUACCCCCUACGAGUGGGUGUCCCCGGAGUUCUACCUCCUCGCAGCGCAGGCCACCCUCACACGCCCCUCUGUGGGGUUCGUGUGGGUGCAAUCCCCCAACAUGAUCGUGAAAGGGCCUUUCCAGGCGGGAAUGGUGGUGGGGGCGGGGGGGCACGCAGGGGGGCACGCGGCGGGGGUGGGAGGGGACGGGGGCGUUGGGCGGGACAGGGGCGUGGGGGGGAACGCGGGAGGAGUGGGGCGGGACAGGGGAGUGAUGGCGGCGCUGCUGGUGCAUGCGCUGGGGCAUGUGCCGUGUGCCAGCAACACUCUCCAUGUCACCAUGCCGGCUCGCAGCGAUGCCAUCAUCAACAUGCUGCAUGCGUGGAGGGACAAGGACGUAAUUAUAUGGGUGAAGCACGGUCCGUCACGGGUGGAGUUUCCUAUCCCCUCAGACCGCAUUGCACUUCGCCAGCUUCCCUACAGCACCCCUCUGCACCGCACUGCACAGCACAUUGUCGCCCGCCUGCCCAAGCCCCUCAUUGCCGUGCAUUACCGCUCCGAGUGGAUCGCCUACAGAGUGGUGAGUGGUGGCAAAGACGAUUGGCAAGGCGCCAUACGGGCAGAGCGACGUGGGAAAAGGCGUGCGAGUGAUGGCUGCAAGUACCCUGUCCCUCUCCCCCCCUCUCACCCUGCCAACUCUCAUAUCACCCAGGCAAAGACGAUUGGCAAGGCGCCAUACGGGCAGAGCGACGUGGGAAAAGGCGUGCGAGUGAUGCGGUGGUGUGCGGAGCAGGCAGUGCAGACCAUCCUGCAGGCUCAGCAGAAUAGCAGUGCCAACAGCAGUGCUGCAUCUGUGUACAUUGCAGCCGAUGUUCCUUCCACUGUACCCGCUCCUUUCACUGCAGCCACUCCUUCCGAUGCAGCCGUUGCUCCAUCAAAUGGCCCUUCCCAAGAAGGCCCUUCCCUAGGAGGCCCUUCCCUAGAAGGACCUUCCCCAGGUGGCCCUCAGACUUCACGUGGUGCCAUGCACUCUGCUUCCUGGGCUAGCACGAUAGGUGCAUAUGGAGGGGUGGGGAAUGAACGAGAGAGGCUGGUGGACGCGGCUGUGCAAGGGCUGCAGUUAAUGAGGCGGUCUAUAAAGGGGACGGUGAUGAUAGAGGAGCUGCUCCCAGAAGCGGGUUCUUACGACCCUGGUGAGUGUCACUGGCUUGCAUGCUGA